CAAAACUUUUGCAUUGCGGGCGGACCAAGCGAAGUAAUGGUCGGGAGGCGCCGCCCACCCGCUUCGAGAUUUAUUAAAUAAAUAAAAUCUGAUUCUCGGUCUCGCGCUUCCUGUUCGCUCGUCGAUCCCCCUCUCACUGUCUCCCCCGAUCUCUUGAGCGGUGAUGGCGGAGGGGAAGUCCACUAGUCAGACCGGAGCCUGGAGCACCGUCAAGCCCUUCGCCAAUGGCGGUCUCUCCGGCAUGCUCGCCACCUGCGCCAUCCAGCCCAUCGAUAUGGUCAAGGUGAGGAUCCAGCUGGGUCAGGGGUCGGCUGCUCAAGUGACGAAGAAUAUGCUUGCCAACGAAGGCUUCGGUUCGUUUUACAAGGGACUAUCAGCUGGUUUACUUAGGCAGGCUACUUAUACAACUGCAAGAUUGGGUUCCUUUAGAGUGUUGACAAACAAAGCUGUUGAGGCUAAUGACGGCAAACCACUGCCUUUGCUUCAGAAAGCUGCUAUUGGUCUUACAGCUGGAGCAAUUGGAGCGAGUGUUGGAAGCCCAGCAGAUUUGGCACUCAUCAGGAUGCAAGCCGAUGCGACUUUGCCUGCAGCUCAGAGAAGAAACUACAAAAAUGCUUUCCAUGCUCUCUACCGAAUCAUUGCUGAUGAGGGGGUUCUGGCUUUGUGGAAAGGUGCAGGUCCUACAGUAGUAAGAGCAAUGUCACUCAAUAUGGGUAUGCUUGCAUCGUAUGAUCAGAGUGUUGAGCUGUUCAGGGAUUCCCUUGGCUUUGGUGAAGUUAGCACCGUGCUUGGAGCUAGUGCUGUUUCAGGGUUCUUUGCAUCUGCUUGUAGUUUACCUUUUGACUACGUGAAAACACAAAUACAGAAGAUGCAGCCCGAUGCCAAUGGGAAGUAUCCCUACACUGGAUCUUUGGACUGUGCGAUGCAGACCUUAAAAUCUGGUGGCCCUUUAAAAUUUUACACUGGAUUUCCCGUCUACUGUGUCAGAAUUGCUCCACAUGUCAUGAUGACGUGGAUAUUCCUGAAUCAAAUUCAGAAGGUUGAAAAGUCACUUGGCUUAUAGAAUUAUAGUUAUUGGAUACGUGCAACUUAAUUUCACUGUUUUCCUAUAAUAUAAUAUCUAUUGAAGUCAAUUGGCUAGUUUGGGUACUAGGAUAGCCUUCCAUUUGCAUCCUGAAUUCUCAAAGAUGUGAUAAUCCGGUCCAGGAGUAUCCGUAUGAUUUUUUGUUUGAUGCCCUAGCGUUUGGUUUAGUUGGAUCUUAGCAUACUUUUGAUCUCUAAAGAAGUUACUAAUGAUGGAAUGCAUAUUUGCAGCUUAGCCAAGUAGUUUUCUUGUAGCUUGGCUUCGAGGAACUAUUUUAUGGGAUGGGUUGGGUUGGGUUGUCUGAAUCAAGUAGAAUUGGGUACUAAAAAAUUCCUUCAAAACGAAUUCAGAUUAUUUGAUUUUGGAUGCUAAGAAAUACAUAUUUGGAUUUACAAUUA